AUGUACACUCUUGCAGUUAUGAAUUUGACGCUAGGCGAAUACUCAUCGGCGUUUCAAGUUGCCCUCAUUGUCGAAUGGGCUCUUUUAGGUCUCAACUUCCUCGAAAAUACCCUAGUGUGGUAUAUGAUCCAUUUCACUUCACAAUAUCAUCCAAAUUUGUCUCUAAUUUUCGAGCAGCUCAGCAAUCAGUAUUUUGUUUCGCUUCUUUCUCGAAUGUUUAUCAUUUAUAUGCAAAUAAUUGAGCCCAAUUUAGAUGUUUUACUCGAAAACCGUUACUUCCUAUUUGCCACGUGGCUUCGAAAUUCCCUAUUAUUCACCGCGUUUUAUUGUGCACCAUUUCUGGUGUUUGAGCGCGUUUUCGCCACAUAUUAUAUGCGGGAUUACGAAACAAAUCAAAGACGAUGGAUUUCUUACAUCAUCGUCGCAUUAUUCUACGUCUAUCCAAUUUCGAUGGCGCAAAUUUUCAUUUUCGAAGAAAACUCUCGCCAAUAUCAAAUUUUCGUGAUUGCUCUCGUCAAUUUUAUCGCAUUUCUUCUAACAAUUUAUCUCGGAAAAUACAACAAAAUGAAAUAUGACAAAUUACGAAAAUCGCUAAACUCGAAAUAUUCGUUGAGUGCUCGAACUCAACUCGCCGAAAACAUUAACAGUUCUCGGCCAUUCCAACUGCUAUGUCUUCUCGUGGCGUUGUUCAGCCUUCUGAGCAGCUCUCUCCUCCACAUUGAUGAGUUCACAUCAGAUGAAUAUAUCAAAAAUGUGGCGUACGUGGUGUUCAACAUUUGCUGUUGGUCCUAUGGUACAUUCGUUCCAAUCAUUUUGCUAUUUUUCAACAAAAUGUGGCAAAAGGAAAUGAAAUCGUUGUUGAAUAAAAUGACAUGCCAAUCUAGCGUCGAACCGCAGCUCGUCCGACCCACCACAACCAAAGUGGCCGACACAUUCGGAAAUAAUUGCUACGUCGCCGACUCGAUGCACACCGACGUUUAUUUUUCUCAAUUCAAUGCUGAAUGGUGA